AUCAGAUCUUUUUUUUCCAUUAAGAAUGAGCCACUACUCCGACAAAUCACGGCCGGCGGCGGCCGUCGGCGGUAAAACGGCCCGAGCGUGCGAUAGCUGUAUCCGCCGCCGCGCCCGGUGGUACUGCGCGGCAGACGAUGCCUUCCUCUGCCAACCCUGCGACUCACUCAUCCACUCUGCUAACCCCCUCGCGCGCCGCCACCACCGUCUUCGCCUCAGAUCCUCCUCCGCUACCACUGCUAAAGCCGCAGCUCCGGCAUGGCAUUACGGCUUCAAACGCAAGGCUCGGACGCCUCGUUCACAUCAAAAGCCAGUGGUCCCUGAGCUUGAGAGCUCGGUGGAAGAUGAAGAGGAGGAGGAGCAGCUCCUUUAUCGGGUACCGGUAUUAGAUCCAGUGCUUUCCUUUGGCGAUACGGCGCCGCGGUCACAGCCGCAGGAGGAGGCUGCCGCAGCAUCGGCAGCAGGGGUUGGGGCAGAGUUUGCGCCGACGGAGAUCGAGCUGGCGGAAUUUGCAGCAAAUAUGGAGAGUUUGCUCGGACGGGGGCUGGACGGCGGAGAGGCGUUUUGCAUGGAGGAGUUGGGAUUGGGUGAGAGCAGCAGCGGCAGCGGAGGCAGUGGCGGUGGUGGAGGAGCAAGAAUGGAGGUGGAUGUGAAGGGGGAGAUGGAGGAGGAGGCUGGGAAAGGAGAAGGACUGAGUUUUGAGAUGGAAGUAGAUUUGUCAAGAGAGACGUUGGAAUUGGAUUUUGGAUGUGGAUCGUCGGAGAUGAAGGAGGAGGCAGCCACAGUGGAGGCGGCUGCGGUGGCGGAAGAGAAGGAAGUGAGUAAAGGGAUGGGUUUGAAGCUGGAUUAUGAAGCGGUGAAGUCGGCUUGGCUGUUGACCGGAAGUACGCCAUGGAUGACCGGAGAGCGGCCGCGGCUGGGCGCUGACGAUUGCUGGCUUGACUGUUUGGGAAUGUGGGGAGGAGUAGGAGGAGAAUUUGUAGGAGGAGGAAUUCAAGCUCUGGAUGUCGGAAGAGAAGCAAGAGUAACAAGAUACAGAGAGAAAAGAAGAACAAGACUCUUCUCCAAGAAAAUAAGAUACGAGGUAAGGAAGCUCAACGCUGAGAAAAGGCCUAGGAUGAAGGGCCGAUUCGUCAAAAGGGCGUCUUUUCCGGCUACCUCCGCCGCCGGAGGCAGCGGAAGCACCGGAGGAGCCGCCGCUCUUGCCUACUGAUUGAAAAAGGUGAGAGCUUUGGAGGCGAAGUUGACUGAAACUUGCUGAAUCUUGAUCUCGAGGCUGGAGGCUCUUUUUUGUGCAGUUUAAUGGGGUUUUUUUUUCUCUCUCUCUCUUUUUGCGCACUGGAAAUAACUAUGGACAUGCGGCUAAGCGGCUGUAUGCGUGAGGAACUUUAAUUUUUGUUUAUUUUUGUAAAUUUCUUUUGUUUAUUUUGACUGUAAUAAGUUUUGGAAGAAAUAAAGAUCACUGGUGUGCAUUGUAGAGUUCUA